AUGGAGGCUCUGGAGCGAAGAAGAGACGCCGCGUCGAUCGUCGCUCGAGUGGUGAAGACGCAGGAAGCCGAGCCGAGCGGCGACAAAUUUCAGUCUGGAGUCGUUCGCAUCGCGGGCUCAAAGCCUCCCGCGCUGACGCCGGAAGUGAUGCAGGACGAGGUUGAGAAAGAACGACUGGCGCUGUUGAACGAAGUGUUGUUGAUCUUCGUGUCAGGAGCCAUCUUGGGCCCGUUACUGGACCAUCAGCAUAGCCGUUUCAACGUACUGCACUACACCGAGCCGGUUAGAGUCCACUUCGACGCUCUCAUGGCUCCGAUGUGGCAAUCGCCUUUCGGUAGGAUGUUCGACUCUGUACUUCCCGGUUUCAUUAAAGACGCGGUGCGCGUCGCGUUCGUGAACGAAAACGGCGUGCUCGAAACCGGAUGGUGGGUCCCGCCACUGUUCGGCGUCGCCGCCAUCGUCAUCGGUACCGGCACAACGAUUCUCGACGAAAGAAGGAUCCGUGACUCCGUUAGACGCGCACGAGAGACGGAAAUUCGCAGAGGUAUGCAUGGAAUUGACGAACAAGUCAGCAGAACCUCCGAUUUGAUCGACAGGUGUCCGGGAAAACCCGCGCUCGGAUUCAUGCCGGGCUGGAUGAGCGUCAACUGGUGCAUUUCAGUUUUCGCAUUUCAGUACUUGGCGUCCGGUGUUUUAGCCUCGCCCCAGUCGCCGUUGGUCGAUGGAUUCUUACCGUACCAUCUGAUCGAUUUCGUGCUGUGCGUGUGGGGUGUUUCGACGUGGUACAUCUUCGACAGAAGCGCGCAAGGAUUCUUCAUGGCGAGUCUCACCGCCGUCGCUGGGCCUGUCGCUGAAAUUGUCUUGAUAAAUUAUGGACACCUGUACUCGUACGCUCACCCGGACGUUUUAGGAAUUCCGACAUGGAUCCCAUGGGUUUAUUUUUGCGGCGCACCGGCUGUUGGAAAUUUAAGCAGACAGCUUCGUAACGAACUGCGAGAUCUUAGUGGAUUGCCUGGCCCUACGACGAGAGUGGUCGCCUACGAUAAACAAAAAAUGAAGAGCUCGGGCGCUUUGAAGUCCACGGCAUACUCGUCUUUGGAUCGAGACAAGACAGUGGUGAACAAAAACUUGAAGGAGAUCCCAAAGGGACGUUUCACGAUCUUGCCGGGUGGUCCGAUAGACGUUGCGGUUCUCGUGGCGAAGCGUCGUGAGGAGGAAGAGCUCGCGAGAGUAUUGCAAAGCGUUCGGGGAGGCACGCAGAAACGCCGGCGCGCGGUGAGAAGAUACGUCGCGCGGCAAAAGGACCUCAAGGCUGGUCGCAAGAGCGUACGCGAUCGAAUCGUCGGUUUACUCGUGCGAAAGAAGAAGGAAGCAACGGACGAAGACAUAGACACAGAGGAGGGCAAAACGCGUCGAUUGUUGAGAAUUCAACGCGAAAUAGAGCGUGUUGAGGCGACGCUCGACGAAAUCGAGCGCAUGAAAAAGCUGAAGAAUCGUUUGGAGACUAUCAGGCUUAGUUUGGACGAUGCGGCUCCACCGUUGGGACCAAAGCUCAGACGGCUCAAAUCUCGGCUAGAAGACGCCGUUCCGGCGCCAUUGAAACCGACGUGGGACGCGCUGGAGGAUGCUAUUGGCGAAUCAAUCGGACCAAUCGUUCGAGAUAAAACGCCCGAGGGUGUAAGAAGGAUGAUGGAGGGCGCGUUUGAUAGUGAGGACGAUAGGAGGUCAUACAUCGAGCGCAUGAACGUCGAGCUGGUUGAAAUUCAAAGCGAGUUCCAGAGCGAACUAUCUAGAGCUAACCGAGUCAUGAGCACCGUUCCAGUCGAGAGCGACAAAAGUGCACAGGAGUAG